AUGUUGAACUGGGGGCAAUGCAAGGGGCCGAUCUGGCGGAGUGACGAUUUCACGAACUGCUUCCAAAAUGACUACCUCAUGGGAAUCCUUCCCCUCAUCGCUACCGUCGUAUCCGUACUAUACCUUACCUUCCAACUAAUUUAUACCGCCGUCAACUCGAAAUAUUCCUCUGCCUAUAAACCUGUUAAUUCCAAACGUCCCCGCGCCUGGGAUCAACGUGUUCCCUCGUCCCAGGAUGAGGAAGAUACCGACGAUGACUCGGAUGAGUUUGGCGGCAACGAGGAUCUCGCCAUUCGUACCGUCCGCACCCGUAACACUGAGAUGUCUGUCGUCGACAAGCCCAGAGGCCAGAUCGUUCUGCCCAUCAUUGAAGAGCUUGCUGUAUUGGCCGAGAUUGGUAUCCACGCCGCUGCAUGCGCCACUGGCAUCUGGGGAUGGAGCAGAGUCACAAUGAUUUGCAGUACCGCUCUCUGGUCGUACGUUGCAGUUCUGACCACUCUGCGUCUCUACUUCUCCAGCACAAACAACUACUCGUUUAACAAGCUCUGGUACCACACCGGCUUCCUCUACGCUGCUCAAUGGAUCUGCGCUUUCCUCCUCUUCCGCUCAGCAAUCAUUCACCCGGUCUCUCAAGGUGCUCAAGCGCUUACGAGCACUCACUUUGCCCUGACCACCCUGCUGACUCUGAUCAUGCUCACCUCACGCAAGGGUAACAAGCCUGUCGAACUUGAGUAUGAGGGAGACAUCGAGCCGUCGAGAGAGCCUCUGGCUAGUGUGCUCUCUCUUGCUACCUUCUCCUGGGUCGACCCCAUUGUCUGGAAGGGAUACAAGAAGCCAACAGAGUUGUCCGAUGUCUGGAACCUUAAUGCUAGAGACAAGGCAGAAGCUGUUCUGUCUGACUACCGCCAAGUCAAGAAGACUUCGAUCCUCGCAUGGCACUUGUUGAAGUACUUUAAGCGCGGUCUCCUCAUCCAAGCUGCAUGGGCAGCCAUCUCCGGAGUCAACCUUUUUGUUCCUACCCUUCUCCUCAAGGUCAUCCUGGAGUACGUUGAGAAUCCAGCUGAUACCCCUGUCAACGCUGCGUGGUUCUACGUCAUCUUGCUGUUCGUCUCUGGUAUCGUCUCUGCCCUCUCUGGUGGUCAGGCUCUGUGGAUUGGAAGAAAGACAUGCAUUCGCCUCCGUGCCAUCAUCAUUGGCGAGAUCUAUUCCAAGGCUUUGCGUCGUAAGGCUGCAGCUGCUGGUGACAAGGUUCUGGGUGAGGAGGAAAAGAAGGACAAUGGGCCUCCUGCACCCAAAGGCUCUACCAAGGAAGCUUUCCUCAAAAAGGUCAAAUCAUUCUACAAGGGCAAGAAGACGUCGGAGGCUACCAAGGAUGUCCCGAAGAAGGAACAAAGCACCGACCAGGUCACUUCUGGUACAAUCAUCAACUUGAUGGCUGUCGACUCUUUCAAGGUCAGCGAGAUUUGUGCCUACCUGCAUUUCCUGUGGGCCGAGACUCCUGUCCAAUUCGCUCUGGCGAUCUACCUACUCUACAGUAUCCUGGGUUACAGCAGUAUCGCUGGUAUUAUCAUGAUGGCUCUGCUUCUCCCUGUCAAUCUUUUCAUUGCCAAGCAGUUCACCAAGGCUCAGAAGAAGAUUCUCGCAGCUACCGAUGCUCGUAUUCACACCACCAACGAAGUGCUCACCAACAUCCGAAUUAUCAAGUACUUUGCUUGGGAGCAGCGUUUCCUCGGUCAGGUCGACGAGAAGAGAGCAGUCGAGCUGAAGAAUCUUCGCAACAGAUAUAUCAUUUGGGCUGCCGCAGCUACCAUCUGGGGUGGUGCCCCGAUGGUCAUCACCUUCCUGACCUUCCUCGUCUACACUAUGAUUGAGAAGAAAGAUUUGAUUCCAUCCGUGGCUUUCACUGCUCUCUCGCUCUUCAGUCUUUUGCGCAUUCCCCUGGAUCAGCUUGCCGAUAUGGUUGCGCACGUUCAGGAAUCCAAAGUAUCUGUUGACCGUAUUGAGGAGUACCUUAACGAGCCCGAGACCGACAAGUACAACCAACUCCAAGGUAACGAAUUUGACCAGGAUGGAAACUCUGUCAUCGGCUUCGAGAACGCAACGUUCAGCUGGGGUGGUGGCACUGAAGCCGAUGACUUCAAGAUGAUUGAUCUCAACAUGCGCUUCCGAAUUGGCGAAUUAAACGUUAUCGUUGGACCCACUGGUAGUGGUAAGACAUCGCUCCUGAUGGCACUGCUCGGAGAGAUGUCUAAACUUGAUGGCAAUGUUUAUCUGCCUGGUGGGCACAGCAGAGAGGAUCUCAAGUCUGACCCCGAGACUGGACUUGUUGAGAGCGUCGCAUACUGCGCUCAGCAAGCCUGGCUUGUUAACGGAACCAUCAAGGAGAACAUCGUAUUCGCUAGUCCCUGGAACCCAAGACGCUACAAGGAUGUUAUCGUUGCUUGUUCGCUACAGCGCGAUCUCGAGAUUCUCGAUGGUGGUGAUCAGACCCUUGUCGGUGAGAAGGGUGUCACUCUUUCUGGAGGUCAGAAGCAACGUAUCUCUCUUGCUCGCGCACUCUACUGCAACGCCAGACAUGUCCUUCUCGACGAUGUUCUGAGUGCAGUCGAUGCUCACACUUCCAAAUGGAUCUUCGAAAAGGCUCUUAUGGGCCCUCUCAUGCUCAAUAGAACCUGUAUCCUGGUCACUCACAGCACCACCCUCUGUCUUCCCCACGCUGCAUUCGCUGCCGUCCUCGAUAACGGCAGAGUUAGUACUCAAGGCAGUGCCAGGGAUGUCAUCAUGUCUGGCAAGCUUACCGAAGAUCUUAGCAAGGUCUUGGAAGAAUCUGAAGGCGGUGCAUCUCACCUUCCUUCCCGUGUACCGUCGGGUAUUGGUGGUGAUCAUCCCCUCGGGGAAAAUGGUCAUACCAACGGAAAAGCUACUAAUGGUUCAGCCGAACACGAGGAUAAUCCUCUCCACAGGGUCAUCUCUAAGGACGUUCCCGGCAUGAACAAGGACGUUGACGUUACUCUGCCUACCGAGACGAAGGCUACUGGCAGUGUCAGCCUCAAAGUCAUCAUAAUGUACUUCUCUUACAUGGGCACAUGGUACUACUGGGUUGUCACUGCUUUGAUGUUUGCUCUCCAGCAGGUUUCUCAAGUCUCGACCAACGUCUGGAUCCGACAAUGGGCCAAUGCAUACUCUGAAAAGAGAGAGACUACUGUUAUGGGCGUCUACACUGAGCCCCGUCAACUCACUCACGUGUUUAGCGGUAUUGGCAGUGGAGCUUCUUGCGUCAAGAGCGGAUCAUGUCUUUGGGGCCUGCCCUCAUUCGGCACUUCCAACACCACCGACCAAUUCUCCAUCCGUUCGGAGAGCUCUGAUGGUGUCGACGUCUCCUACUACCUCGCUGUCUACGGUAUUCUUGGUCUUGUAUACAUGAUCAUUACCAUCUCUCGGGAAGGUGUCCUUUUCUACGGAUCUCUGGUUGCUUCUAAGAGAAUUCACAGAAAGCUCAUGGAGUCUGUCACACACGCAAAGUUCCGCUUUUUCGAUUCGACCCCUCUCGGUCAGAUCAUGAACAGAUUCUCCAAGGAUGUCGAGGCUAUUGAUCAGGAGAUUGCUCCCGUUGCUGUUGGCGUGGUCCACUGCAUGGCCUCGAUCAUCACUACCGUCAUUCUCAUCUCGGUCAUCACACCUCGCUUCUUGAUUGCUGGUGUAUUCAUCAGUGUUCUGUACUUCAUGAUUGGUGCUUUCUACAUCAACUCGUCUCGCGACCUCAAGCGUCUGGAGUCUGUGCAGCGCAGUCCUCUGUACCAGCAGUUUGGUGAAACCUUGUCCGGCAUGACGACAAUCAGAGCUUAUGGCGAUGAGCGUCGCUUCAUUCGUGAAAACAUGCACAAGGUCAACACCCACUCGAGACCAUUCAUCUAUCUAUGGGGCGCUAACCGCUGGCUCGCAUUCCGUGUCGAUGUCACUGGUGCAUUGGUAUCAUUCUUCACCGGUGCGUUUGUCAUUCUGAGCGUCGGUGAGCUCGACGCCGGUGCUGCUGGUUUGGCCAUGACCUACGCUGUCACAUUCACCGAGAACGUCCUGUGGUUCGUCAGACUCUACUCGAUGAACGAGCAAAACAUGAACGCUGUUGAGCGUGUCAAGGAGUACUUCGAGGUUGAGCAGGAGGCGCCGUAUCAAAUCGAGGACAAGAAACCUCUACCCGAUUGGCCUAGCCAGGGUGCCGUGGAGUUCAAAGACUACAGCACCAGAUACCGCAGCGACUUUGACAUGGUCCUCAAGGAUCUGAGCUUCAAGAUUCUGCCUGGUGAGAAGGUCGGUGUUGUUGGUAGAACAGGUGCUGGUAAGAGUUCAUUGGCUCUUGCUCUCUUCAGAGCACUCGAAGCCGAGACGGGAAGCAUCAUCAUUGAUAAUGUCGACGUCAGUGUGAUCGGUCUCCAAGAUUUGCGCGAGAACAUUGUCAUGGUCCCUCAAGAUCCCACCCUUUUCACUGGAACCAUCAGAAGCAACCUCGAUCCCUUCGGACUGUUCACCGACGAGGAGAUCUUCACCGCACUUCGCCGCACACAACUUGUUGGUGCUGCCUCGGCUGAGCCUUCGCGUGCGCCUUCACCUGUCAAUGGCAGUGGCAGCGUCCGCUUCGAAGGUGCUGCCGAGACAACUCCCGACGCCCCCGCCGCUCUCGAGAACAAGAACAUUUUCAACAACCUUUAUUCUUCUGUCGCGGAGUCUGGUAGCAACCUUUCUCAAGGUCAGCGCCAACUCCUGUGCUUGGCUCGUGCCUUGCUUAAGGACCCUAAAGUGUUACUGAUGGACGAAGCAACUGCAUCUAUCGACUACGCCACUGAUGCAAAGAUUCAAGAGACCAUUCGCGAGAUCAAGAACACCACCAUCACCAUUGCCCAUCGUCUCCAAACCAUUAUUGAUUACGACAAGGUCUUGGUCUUGGACAAGGGUCAACUGAUCGAGUAUGGUAACCCCUGGGACCUUAUCAGAAUGGACAACGGUAUCUUCAAGGGAAUGUGCGACAUGUCUGGCGACUUUGAGAUCCUGAUCAAGGAGGCCGAGAAGGCGCAUAAGGCGCGCCAAUUGGUUGAUGUUGAUGCAUGA